GGACGAGUUACUUGAAAUUGUCAAAAACGUGUUGGGUUGAAAAUAUUGUCAAUAACUCUGAAUUAAAGGCCAAAAAAUUAUUAAUUGUUGACCAUGGACGGAGUGGGUAAAGAUUCUCGCUUCUCCCACAUCACUAAAGAUCCAAGGUUUCGACGGAUGCCAAAACAUGAGAAAAAAGUUAAAAUUGACAAGCGCUUUAAAGACAUGUUUACAGACAAGCGCUUUAAACUGAAGUAUUCUGUGGAUAAGAGAGGUAAACCUAUGAACGUCACAACAAACGAAAAUCUGAAGCAAUAUUAUGAACUCUCAGAUAGCAGUGAUAUUGAGGAAGAAGGGAGUGACAAUGAAGAGGAAGCAAAGUCAUCAAAAAUCUCGCAGAACGUUAAAAAAUCAAGCUCAAAAACUGACACUGAAAGGAAAGGUUCCAAAUUUGUUUCACCCAAUGAAGAAAAUAGUGAAACUGUUGGAAAAAAGAAGUCUAAAAAGAACAAGAAAACAAAGACACAGAUAGAAACCAUAAAACCUGUAGGAAAUAGUGAUUCAGAUGAAGACGAGGAGGUGAUAGAAAGAAAGAUGACCAAAGCAGGGAAAGUCUCAAUAUCAAAGGAAGCUCAGGGCAAAGCAACACAGAGGAAAAAUAAAAUGAAGGGUAAAAUAUCUGUUGAUCAGUCAGACACUGAUGAAGAAGAUGAAGAUGAGAACAGCAGUGAAGAGAAAGAUGAAGAAGAGAAUAGCAAUGAAGAGGAAGAUGAGGAGGAAGAGGAAGAUUCAGACAGUAAUGACUCUGGUCUCGGAGAGGGUCCUGACCUGGCCCGAGGAGAGGGCAAUGUGGAGACCUCCUCAUCCUCCGAGGACGAGGACAGUGAAGAGGAGGCGGGAGAGGAAGAAGAGCUUGAACAUGACUGGGGAGAGCUGGACAAGGAUGUCCCCGCUGCUGAGGAUUUGGGGCGCCGCCUGGCAGUGUGUAACAUGGACUGGGACCGCAUCAAAGCCCAGGAUAUCUUUGUCACGCUGAACUCAUUUGUUCCAACAGGGGGAAGCAUCCAAUCUGUUAAGGUGUUCCCUUCAGAGUUUGGACUCCAGAGGAUGAAAGAGGAGGCUCUAUCUGGGCCCACAGAGCUUGUCCAGAUCAAGCUAGAAAAGGGGGCAGAGGAGGGGGAGGGGGAAGAGGAGGAAUAUGAAGAGGCCCAAGGUACUCGCUAUCACAGAGAGAAGUUAAGGCAGUACCAGCUGAACAGACUGAAAUAUUUCUAUGCUGUCGUGGAAACAGACUCCAUAGAGACGGCGAGCAAGAUUUAUGAGGAGUGUGAUGGCAUGGAGUACGAGUCCAGCUCAACAAAACUCGAUCUCAGGUUUAUUCCUGAUGAUAUGGAGUUCACAGAGGAGCCCCGGUCAGUGUGCCUGGAGAUGCCAGCAGCCUACGACCCCACACUGUUUGUGUCCUCUGCCUUGGCUCAGUCAAAGGUUAAUUUAACUUGGGAUGAAACAGACCAGGACCGAAUCAAAGUGACCAUGAGAAACCCGUCUCAAAGUGGAAAGAAGACAGAUGAUGUCAACGAAGAGGACUUCAAGGCAUUCCUUGCAUCUAGCUCUGAGGAAGAGGCAGACGAUGAUGAUGGCAAGCCAUUAGUUGGUGAAGACAACAAUGAAGAUGAUGACGAAGAUGACAAUGAAGAGAACCAGAUUCAGAAAUACCGCAGUCUGCUUCAGUCAUUGGAUGAUGACAAAACUAGAAAGAAGAAGAAAGAGGUGGAAAUGGAAGUGACUUGGGAACCCGGGUUAAAAGAAACUACUGAAAAAAUACUGAAAAAGAAGGAAAAAACUAAGGACCAAACACCAUGGCAACAGUACCUGAUGAAGAAGAAGGAGAAACGACAGAAGAAGAAAGAGGAGAGGAUGAACAAGAAGGUGACCAGUGAUCAGGCCCCUGAGGAAGAGCCCGCCGCAUUCAGUGACGAUGAGUUGCCUAUCGACACGGCUGAUGAUCCAUUCUUCAAACAAAAUCUGGACAGUGACGAAGAGACGGAGAAGAAACCCAAAGAGUCUAAAAAAUCCAAGAAGAAAGAGAAGAAGAAGAAAAAGGAUCAAAAACCCAUCAACAAGGAGGCAGAGGGUGAGCUAGAGCUCCUGAUGAUGGAGGAGGAAGCAGACGACAGAAAACAUUUCAAUCUCAAGGCAAUCCUGAAAGAGUCCACCAAAAAGAAGAAGCCAUCUCAGGACUCAAAAGGAGGGGACGACUUUCAGAUCGAUGUGAAGGAUGACCGCUUUGGUGCCAUUUAUGAUUCUUAUCAUUACAACAUAGAUCCUUCAGCACCCGAAUAUAAAAAAACCAAAUCCAUGGAAGCCAUUAUUGAAGAGAAGCUACAUCGGAGGAAAUCAGGAAAAACAGCAAAGGCAGGGGGUGCUAGUGGUCAGAAACGAAAGGCAGAAAUGGACAAAUAUAGUGCUGGACAAUCAGCAAAAUUCAGCAAGUCAGAUUCAGAGAGCAUUUCAUCUCUCAUCAAUUCUGUCAAGUCUAAAACACAAACUUUUCACAGCACCAAAAAGAAGAAAUGAUACUCGUUUUUCAGUUUGGAUACCGGUUGUUUUAUCUGUGUUUUGAAACAUGGAAGCUUUGAUGUAAAGAUGAUUAUCAUAAUCUCUGUAUAUCUGAUCACAUUAUUUGUGUGUGAAGAAAUAUCAGAAUUUUUUUUGUAUUUGUUCAUUAACAGACUUCAAUUCCUAUCAUUUGUCGUCUUCAAAAACAAAUCCAGUCUUUAUUCUGUUCAUGACACAACAAAGUGCUGGGUCAUUCAACCGCAAGACUCCUGUUAAUCAAAGCCAGAUGUUUAUUUUUAUAAAUCUCCACUUGCAUGAUUAAGUACCAGGCAUGGGGUAAUCGUAAUCGAGUAAUCGUAAUCGAUUGUAAUGAUUACUCUUUUUCAAGUAAUCGACAGUAAUCUGUAAUCGAAGAUAUUUUCGAUUACUUGUAAUCGUAAUUUAAUAGAUUACAGCUAAAAAGGUCAGUGUAAUUAUAAUUACUUUUUCGAUUACUUUGGAUUACUCUUUACAUAAAAAUAUUGUGAAGCACUUAUUGUAUGAAAAAAUACUCUUCAAGUGUUUAUAAUACAAUUCAUUGAAUAAAAUUGUUUAUAUUAAUUUUUAUAAUUUUCCACUUUCACUUAAAAUAUAAAUAUUCGUUGACAUGUCAUUGACUACAUAAUCAGAUAAUCAGUAAUCAGUUUACUCUGUGUUUCACACUUCUUUGCAGAAUUUUUUAACAUAGUGUGGCUCUGAAAAACCACUAAGCUACUGACAAUUAUCAGAGAGAGAGAGAGAGAGAGAGAGAGAGAGAGAGUUAUAUUUUGUGUCUAUUUUGCCAGAGAAAGAUACAAAAGGGUGUGUAAUUGUCAGUAAGUGUGUUUGUUCUUGUCAGGUAAGGAAUCCAGAAAGCAGUUAAUGAGGUGUGACCUCCCUAAUCAUGUUUAGAUAACAAUUGAAAUAGCCCCAACAAGGAUCUAUUUUAAAAAUCAAAACAAUUACAAGCUCCAAACACAAUUCAUUCAAAUCAUGAAGCAAGGCUGCAUAAAAGUUCUUUACAUAUUUCCGAUGAUAUUUUUAAAAAUUAUAAAAUUUCAAUAAAAUUGAAUUCUCGUAUUACCAAUAAAAACCAAAUAAUUAUGAUGGCUAAAGGUGCAAGGUCAAGAUUUCAUCUAAACUCGUUUACUCCCAAGAAAAAAAAACUUGUUUGUAUGACAGAGCUUUAUAUAAUUGCUUAUAAUUUGACAUUUGAAUAGGCAGUAGAAAUUAUAAAAUGUUAUUUUAUGAAGAUUGAAAUAUGAAGUCUCAAAUUUUCAUAUCAUUCAUAAUAAAAAUACCCCCUUAACUCUAAAAUCUAAUUAACUUGAAUAGCUUUUAUAUGAUAUGUACCAUGCACAUUUUAAUGAAAUUUUUCUAAAGUAUUCGAUUAAUGAUCGAUUACAUGUUAUAAAGUAAUCGAUUACAAUCGAUUACUAGACAAAAAUAAGUGUAAUCGAUUACACAAAAUUCCCUUAAGUAAUCGAUUACAUUUUUGAGUAAUCGUGCCCAUGCCUGUUAAGUACAAGAUAUUCAUGUAUAUUUUCAUGGAUUGUAGUUUUACUGCUUAGGUAUUUAGUUUCACAAUUAUCACAAGCAACUACCCAAAUCUUUAUUACUUUGAGUAUUACAAUAAUAUGGGAUGAAAAAGUGGGUAUGCGAGAAGUGUGAGAGUGAUUAUUAUAUACAGUAAAACUCGGUUAUAGCGAUGUACUAGGGACCAAUGGAAUUACUUCGUUUUAUCCGUAAUUCGUUAUAUCCGUAUAAUGAGUUCGUAAUAAUAUCUAUAGCGAAUUCACUAUAUACAUGUUUUCUUUCACCAGACUAUAUUUUUUGCUAAUUAAGGAUUAAAAUAAAUAUUCAUUACUUUGUUACCUUUAAUAUUGAAAAAAUUAUAUGAAGAUAAAUUCAUUAAAAAUAUUUCGAUAAAUGGUAGUUCAAACUUUUUUAAAAUGUAAAGAAAUUCAUUAUAAAGGUGUUAAAUUUCAUUAUUAUUCAUCAUAUCCGAAAAUUUGCUAUAUCCGUGUUCGUACUAAACAAGUUUUACUGUACUGUAUACAGUACAACCCUUGUUCACAAUACAAGAUAUUAAAGAUUUAAAUGAU